UUAGAUGACAAUCAAAACAAAACCAAUGAAAAGAAAGAGAAGAAAAUGGUUUCUCAGAAACCCCAUGGUACCAUAGAAUAUACUGCUGGAAAUCAGGACACCAUAAACAGCAUAGCAUUAAAGUUUAACAUCACCCCAAACAAGCUGGUGGAGCUCAAUAAGCUUUUCACGCAGACAAUUGUGCCAGGACAGAUUCUCUUUGUGCCAGAAACAAGUGCUGCGAGACUGUCUUCUUUCAGUCCUGGUGCUCCUGUUUCUCCUUCAUCAUCAGAUGCUGAAUACGAUAAACUCCCUGAUGCUGAUUUGGCAAGAAAGGCCUUCAAACCAGUUGAGAGAGUCCUGUCCUCUACUUCAGAAGAGGAUGAGCCUGUAGUUGUCAAAUUUUUAAAAAUGAAUUGUCGUUACUUCACAGAUGGUAAGGGCGUAGUUGGAGGAGUCAUGAUAGUAACUCCAAACAAUAUCAUGUUUGACCCACAUAAGUCUGAUCCUCUGGUAAUUGAGAAUGGCUGUGAAGAGUAUGGGCUCAUCUGCCCCAUGGAGGAGGUUGUCUCAAUAGCUCUCUACAAUGACAUCUCUCACAUGAAGAUUAAAGACGCGUUGCCAUCUGACAUACCAAAGGAUCUUUGUCCUCUGUACAGGCCAGGAGAAUGGGAAGACCUAUCCUCUGAGAAAGAUAUCAAUCCUUUCAGCAAGUUCAAAUCCCUCAGCAAGGAAAAGAGGCAGCAGAAUGGGGAUCCAUCCAUUGCUCUGGGUGCCAAACAGAUAAAGCCUUCAGAUGAGGAAAAGUCUGCUGAUUUUGAAGUUCUUCAGUCAUCUGAGAGUAUGGGCUCAAUCAAGUCAAAGUCACUGGAGUUUCCCAACAACAUCACUGCCACUGAACAUUUGGAAAAGUUUGCUGCAGAUCCAUGUGCCAAGGAGCCUUCUGGGGAAAAAAAUGCUUCAGACAUCAAAACCAAAGAAAAAUCCCUUUUGGGAGAAGGAGAGGAUGACUUUGUUGAGCUGGAAAAAACAUCAUCUUGUAUGGAUAGAGGGUUGGACAGGAAUAUCUCAGUAAUGGAAGGCUUGCUGGCUGACCCCAGGAAGUUGGGGAGAACUAAGCAGCAGGUAACCAAACCCACUACAGAAGUCCAGGAGCACUUGACAGUUGAUUCCUUGGAAAAAAAGGACAGUGUUGAACCUAAAGCUGACUUAGACUUAGAGCUGUGUGAAAAGCAAGAUGUUAUUCCAGAAGUAAACAAAUGUGUCAGUUCCCCGACAGGUAAGGUGGAGACUGCAUUGGACACUAAGAAAGAGCUAGAGAAAGAUAAACUUAUUGAAUUUUACCUCAGUAAAGAUGGGAAUGGGUCUCAGUCAUCUGAAGACUUACACAAGGCUGAAAUCCAGAAAGGUGAAAACAAUAAAGCAAUUGGCAUAGACCUUACACUUAGCUGUUCAAAGUCCCAAGCUAAUGAAGUCCAUACAGUUAAAAGUAUGGAGCUUGAUUCCUGCUGUGUUGAAAGGAAAGCACCUUCAUUAGAAAUCAGCUCAGCAGCAGCAAAGGAAAAGGAUCUGAAAGAGUCUGAGGACUCUUCGUUAGUACCAGCUAUAGACAAGACCUGUCAAGAAACACAGUUAGACAAUCAAUCAGAAAUCAGACUCUGGCUGCUGCAGAAAAUUCAAGUGCCAAUUGAAGAUAUGCUUCCUUCAAAAGAGGAGAAGAGCAAGACUCCUCCAAUGUUUCUGUGCAUUAAAGUAGGCAAGCCCAUGAGAAAGUCCUUUGCAUCUCAGAGCACCACCAUGUCUCAGCAGUACAGUAAAAAGAUAAAGCAGCCAGAGUACUGGUUUGCUGUUCCUCGGGAAAGGGUGGAUCACUUGUACACGUUUUUUGUUCAGUGGUCACCAGAAAUAUACGGGAAAGAUGCCAAAGAGCAAGGUUUUGUCGUGGUAGAAAAGGAGGAGCUUGACAUGAUAGACAACUUCUUCAGUGAGCCCACUACUAAAAGCUGGGAGAUCAUUACUGUAGAAGAAGCAAAACGACGGAAGAGUGUUUGCAGUUACUAUGAAGAAGAAGAUGAUGAUACUUUGCCUGUCUUAAAGCAUCACAGCGCCCUCCUGGAGAACAUGCACAUAGAGCAGCUUGCCCGGCGCUUGCCUGCACGAGUGCAGGGUUAUCCGUGGCGGCUCGCGUACAGCACGCUGGAGCACGGGACCAGCCUGAAGACUCUGUACCGCAAAUCGGCAUCUCUCGACAGUCCGGUUCUCCUCGUCAUCAAGGAUAUGGACAACCAGAUAUUUGGAGCGUAUGCUACACAUCCCUUCAGGUUUAGUGACCACUACUACGGCACUGGUGAAACAUUCCUCUACACAUUCAGUCCAAAUUUCAAGGUAUUCAAAUGGAGUGGAGAGAACACCUACUUCAUCAACGGAGACACCAGCUCUCUGGAGCUUGGAGGUGGAGGUGGCCGGUUUGGCUUGUGGUUAGAUGCAGAUUUGUAUCACGGGCGAAGCAACUCCUGCAGCACCUUCAAUAAUGACAUCUUAUCUAAGAAAGAGGAUUUCAUAAUACAGGACGUAGAAGUAUGGACAUUUGAAUGAAAUACUGACUGCCUUAAGAACUGGAUCCAUUAGGCACUUAAAAGCUAACUAGAAGGUGCAGGCUGCCUCACAACAUUACAUGCUUUCUCCUCAAGUUUGUACCAGAGCAUGACUACGCAAAAAAACCCCAAACAGACAACCCAAGAAAAACAAAGCUGGUUUUGAGAGGCAGUAAGAGAAUAGCAAGAGGUCAGUCUGAAGUGUUUUUUUACUUCCUCCUCCAGCACUCCUCCAUCGAAGACAUGAUGCUUAUGAAAACAUUCAUGGUGUAUAAGUUGAAAGCCUUUUCUGUAACUGUGAAAAAGAUCCUGUGGGAAAACCAUGACUAUCUAGUCCAUUCCAUGUGUAUUUAUGUUCAACGUAAAAAUGCUAACCAAAAAUAAAAGGUUACUUUACCAAAAUCUACAGCAUACUGUUUGCCAUGGAAAAGAAUCACAAAUAGGUGUACACAGCACUUAAGGGAACAUGUUUGUAAAAUCUUUUUAUUUAUUGUUAUUGUAUAGCAGAUUUUUUUUGUAAAUGUAUUAGCUAUGAGUUUUUUCUUUAAUGUUUCAAAUCUCAGUUUGAUAAAUAAUUGCUGUUCAGGUAGGAUUCUUAUGCAUUGCCAUUUAUCUGAAUCAAUUUAUUUGAUUUCUGAAGUUAAUUUUUAUAUUUUUAUUUUAUAAAUGAGAUUUGGUUUUCAUUUUACCCUAAUUAGAGGGUUUGUUUUCUGGCAGAAACACUUGAGUGCAUAAUUCUGUUUAGUUUUGGUUUUU